UCGUGUCGGAGACAUAGCGGAGACCCCCGAUCGGCAUACGGACUCGAACCGAAGCCGCUGUGGCAAUUGGAUCCUACUGUAUAGAUGGUAGGCAUCGAAGCGACUCCGUGGUACGAGUCAUUUGGACUGCCAAGUACCCGGUAGAUCCCUAUGUAUCCGUUACGGAGAGUUCAUCUAUAAAUGGGGGUUCGACUCCUAUAUGAAUAUAGCUGCAUCCAGCUCCUGCAGGUGUCGAAUCGGCUUGCAAUCCACUCGCCAUGCUGAACAAAUUAAUCGCAGUUGCCUCUUUAUCGCUCGUCGUCAAAUGUGCUAGCGUGCCUCGAAGUGACGCAGGGACUCAGAAAUAUGCUACUUGGCUCAACUUCGGAGAAGAUUUACUCGACGGACACGAUGGUCUGACUCCCCACCCGACCCAGCCAUUUCUGUACGGUCAACCGCUAUAUCCCAUAACGGUUGAUGGUAAUGGGCGGGAACAGUUUGAGGGUCAUCUGAGCUACUACGAAGGACGAUACUGGCUUCAUGCGGCGACUUGGGGAUGUGGAAAAGUGUGGGUCUACGCUGCCCCUCCCCCGAACUCGUCUUAUCCCAUCGUCACCCCUCAAGCACCUGGUGACUACGGGGAAGAUGGAAACUGCGGAGUCAAGACAUUCUCUUCGCCCGAUAUGACCAAUUGGACACUAGAAAACUUCUACCAGCCAGAGUCGGCCAAUGUGACCAAACCCCUUGUUCGGUACUCAGCAGCCACUGGACAAUAUGUCAUGUUCAUGGGAGGGCCUGCUACCUCGUUCUACGUCACUACUGGUCCAUCUCCGGCGGGGCCCUGGGCUGAUCCUCCCUCUCUCCUGCAAGGAGAACAUCUGAGCCACGAUUUUGAUAUCGCCCAAGAUGCGAAUGGGACCCAUUACAUCGUAUCGGACAUUUUUGAGGGCAUUGAUCUCACACCGACCGGUGUGCUCGCGGUGCCCGUCUGGCCGAUUUGGGUCCAGGAAUUGGCUCCAAAUUUGACAUCGACAGUGGGAACGAAUUCUACGGUGCAACUCGUACGCACAGCUGCUCAGCUACUCAACAACACGGACGGCGGCUCUCAGGGCCUUUCAUUGGAAGCUAUCGGGUUCUUCUACAAUGAGGAUUUCGACAUGUGGUACAUUAUCGCCGGGAAGACGUGUCAGAAUUGCGACGGCUACAUCUAUUAUCUGUACUCCAAGAAUGGUCCUUUUGGGCCCUACGAAGACGGUGGAUACAUCUCAGGUGACGGAUGUGGAGGGCAGAACAAAGGCGUAAUGCAGCUGCCAUCAGUCGGCGGUAGCAGCUUCUACGCCGGCAAUCUCCUGUAUCGAACCAGCGCGACGGAUCUCGUCUACAAUGCCUCUAUCUGGCACGCCGACAACAGCCAGGCAAUUGCGAGUGCGAACUACUAUCCUUUCAAAUACAGUUCAGACGGUCUACUUCUGCCAUUGGAAUGCGAGGCGAGCUUUCAAUUACCUCUGGCUCCGAACAUUACAGAAACUCCCAGCCCUCCAAAGCAGUACCAGCCUGAUUGUCGGAUCCGCAAUUGGCAAAAUAUCACCGUGACUUUUGAUCAUCCAAAGAACGUCACUGAGAUGGAGUUCCCCGUCUUCCAGAGAACAGACAACCUUGGUCCCACAUCAAACGCUGGGUAUAAAAUGGAUGGACCUCUUGAAGUUACUUUCAAUUUCGCGAACGGCUCUUCCUGGACUCAAGCAUGGUUGGCAAGCAAUAUCUCCUGGACACCUCAAAAGGUACAUGUUGAUUUAGACGGAGCCUCUGUGUCAUCCAUAGUCAUGGGCACCAACGCAACCAACGGUUGUUAUGGAACUCUUGUAGAGGAGAACGAGGGAGGAAGCACGUACUGCGGGAAGAAUCUGGUGACGGGGGUUGUGGACAGUACUCCCAAAGCUCAACUAUACGUCUACAAGUACUAGACUGGGAUCUUGCUGGCGACACACUCGGUAUCGUAUAAUCGAGUGAGGCAAUUUACGCUAUAAUGUAUGCAGGGGCGAGG